CUUUGGCUAUAGAGGCAUCGAAAAAAAGCUGGAGAGUUGUGACCGAUUUUUAUAUAGAUCUAGAAAUCUAGAUCUAUUUCUAGAAUCUUGAGAACUCUAGACCUAGUCUACUCAGAAUCUAAGCUAGAUCUAGAUCUUUAAGAGUAAUGAUUAAUAUAUUUAAUCUAGAUUCGUCUUAUGGUGUAUGUCUACUAUAGUCUGUAGUGAGUAGUGUCCAUUGCACUAUGACACGAUUCUCCACACAAAUCAGCCAAGACAUUCACUAAUACUAAUGCACAGUACUUGGCAGCAGAAGUUAAUAGUGUUUGCUUCAUCAUGCAGGCUUUCAGAAGAGACACAUCAUACUUCAUUGCCUCUCACAGUUUCAGCAUCUCUCUUAUUGCCACUGUCUUUUGGACCCCAGCAAGUGGCACUUGUAAGACUGAAGAGCUUAUGGCAUUCACAAUGGACAGAAACAUUUACGUUUCCCAAGGGUUCCGGCUGAGGUCAGGCUAUUUCAGCAAUAAAACUUGUCAAGUGCUGGUAAGAGCUGCCUAUGAUGAAGACAUUGUUAAGAUAACUAUCAAAGAGGCAAAUCUUGAGUUGAGAGGCUCUACAUGUGUUGACAAAGUGAUAUUAUAUGAUGGUUCCAGCCCUAUGGAUGUAGUGCUUGGGGAGUUCUGUGGCACUGAAAAACCAUCCUAUCAGAGUACAGGUCAUACAGUAUUGGUUUCUUAUAGUAUUAAUAGCAAAAAUAGCAGGCUACCUAAAGGAUUUAAGAUGGAGUACUAUAGUCUUGACAGAGGAGGUUAUGAGGCCUACAAGUCUUCCAAGUCAAUUAGUGUUGGUACCAUUGUAGGAAUUGUUGUCACGGCUGUGAUAGUUUAUUGUCUUAUUUUUAUAUGUGUGUAUAGGCACUGUAAACGUAGGGCCACGCAAUCUUCUGGGAAUAGCAGCUCUGCGACAGCUGACUUAGGUGUGACCACACUUAACCUAUUAGAAUCAACCAAUCAGCAAGCUUUAAAUCAUAAGCACAAGUCCAGCAAUGGACAUCACAAGCAGGACAGUAAAAAUUCCAAACUUUCGAAUGGCACUCCUAAUGGUCAGAAGAAGACCCACAGAAUGCGUCACCCAGCUGGGGACUUGAAGUGCGGGGAAAAGCCUCACCCACCGACACAUAUAAAUACUUUUAUUAUUCAUGAAGAUGGAUGCUCAGGAUAUUGCUCUGAAUGGGAGGAGUCUGGUUACGUCAAUGACUGCCCCGGUGUAGAGCACCACUACAUUCACAUCAAUAACUCGCUCAUGACUCACGACCCUACAGGUGUUUAUUACGCUGGGAGCAUUGAUGAAGAUGGGGUUCUCCAUCCACCAGGGGAAGAGUUCUACCUCCCGGUGGCUCCUGCUCCGACUGUCGUCUCCUCAGUACACAGUCAGAACCAUUUCUCCCAACUGCAGGAAGAAGAUAGGAGAUCGAGAGGCAGUCUUCACAGCCGGCGUUCUCCAUUCCCCUGUGGGAGAGACUCGCCCAGUAGUGGCCGCGGUUCACCUUUUCGUAACAGGAUGAACAGUGCCUCCCUCUUGCACAGCGGCUCUCCCAGGUUCCCCGGUUUCUUCGAUCCUGAGGGGCAAACUUUGACCUAUUACGGCAUGAUAGAUGGCGUCGGCAGUGACGCAGACGCACCUCCAUACCCAGGGCUUUCAGAACAUAUUGACAAUGUCAGCAAUGAGGGGGAUAACAACUUGGCAGUUCCUCCACCCUCCUACGAAGAUGCUGCUACAGGGAAAUACUCACCGGUAUUUGUGAAACGGUAAUUUGUUUUUUCAAUUUAAUUGCUCUUUUUAUCUUUCCAAACACCUUUACAAUUUGUUAUAAAGGUUAAAAAAUGGCUUUUGUAUAUAUGCAUAAAGUAUGUUUAGAAUAAAAAGCUUCUUGUUGUUGAAAAAUAUUUGCAAACCAAGUAUAUUAAGUCAAACAUGAAACUUUACAUUUUAUUAGGUCAAAAGAAUUAUCCUGUGAAGGAUAUUGAAAAGAAAAGUAACGACGUUUUUUGAAGUUGUUUUUUUUUUUAAUUUAAUUCAAAUUUGUAGUCUAACCAUUGGACAAUGUAAAACCACAUUGGCAACUCAAAUAAUACUUACAACAAAGGCACAGAAUUUGAGAAAGCAAAUAAAAACAAGCCACUCCUCCUUAUGUAACAAUAGGGCAAGGUUUCUAUUUGAGUGCAAACAUUUUGUUGAAGUCUCAAAGAAAAUAAACGAAUACAAUAAAUAAUACUUUCUUCCCUUUCUAAAAUGAAAUUAUAGUAGAUCAAGCAAUAUAAUAUCCCCAGCAUUGGAAAUAAAAUUAAUUUGAAAAAAAUCUCAGAAAAAGUUUUAAAGCAGGCAAAUCAAUGAAAAUGUUGUUUCCAGUCUUUAACAGCUUUUUUGGAUUUUUUUGUGUCUGCUUCGAUUAUACUCACUUAGCUGUAAGGGGUUUGAUUGCACUUUUGUGGGGAUGUUUUUAAGCUGUAGACUUUUAGAGGUUAAAUUUAGAGGUUUGGUUAGAGAGUAGCAUUAUUUGUCUACAUUGAAUAUUGCAAGUAACCCGUUUAUUACAGAUAUAUAUAAUGUAUGCAUGUGUCAGCAUCUUUCUUUUUUAGUGAUCAUUUCAUCUUGCUUCAAUCUCUCUGCUGUAGAGUAAUUCUGUUUGCAUUGCUGUGUAUUUACUUAAUGUACACAUGCUGGUCCAGUGUCUGGGUAACAGGCUUUUUGUUUUUUUUUAGGGUUGAAGAAUUGCUCAGUGCUACAUAAACCAAUGGAAAAUGACACAACCAUUUUGUAAAUGUUAAAAAUGAAGUAGCAUCAACAUUGAUGUUGAAAGGAAUACACCUUUUUUAAAACUUGAAAUAGUCUUUUAAAAAGUUGAAAUAGUCUUUUGAAAAGUAUAAUCUGUUUUGGAAAGGUAUAAUUUUAUUUUGUAAGGUAUAAUUUUCUUUUGAAAGGUAUAUUUCUAUUUUGAAAGGUAUAUUUCUCUUUUGAAAGGUAUGAUUUUCUUUUCAAAAGUAUAGUUCUCUUUGUUCACUCACGUCAUGCCAUCACUGACCAAUUGAAGCUUACUUUAAAAUUAGAUAAACUGUCACAAAAGAAAAAGUGUAUCAUAUUUUGUAUUUGUUAAAACUUUUGCUAAUUGAGUGCAUGCUCUGGAAUAUCACCCUCUUUGCCCCCACCUCUUAUGCACUUCACUGCUUCUUCUGCAUUUGUUACUGCUUUGUUAUUGGUUAUACAAUUUGUUAAAAAAGAUCUUUAUGUAUAAUGUAAUCUCAAUAUUAAUUUGCACCUAUUUGGUGUGCUCAUCAUGCUUUGUGUUCUUUGGACCUACCGCUUGGAUCUUUUGUCACUUAUUUAGAUCAUCUCAGCUCGAAUUUCAUGGUGCAGCUGAUUAAUUAUCCCAGCUUAGGAUUGCUAGUUUAUGUCUCUUGGCAUAUGUCUCUUGGUAUAUAUGUAUAUAUGUCUCUUUGUCUAGUUGUUAGAUGAUAUCUGAUUCAUAUUUGCUAGUGCAACUGUUAGACUAAGCCAGGUUAAGUUUGUUUGUCUAGCUGUUAGAUGAUUCUGGUUCAUGUUUGCUAGUGCAACUGUUUUACUAAGCCUGGUUAAGUUUGUUUGUGUAGCUGUUAGAUGAUUCUGAUUCAUGUUUGUUAGUGCAACUGUUUUACUAAGCCUGGUUAAGUUUGUAUAGCUGUUAGAUGAUUCUGAUUCAUGUUUGCUAGUGUAACUGUUUUACUAAGCCUGGUUAAGUUUGUUUGUAUAGCUGUUAGAUGAUUCUGAUUCAUGUUUGUUAGUGCAACUGUUUUACUAAGCCUGGUUAAGUUUGUAUAGCUGUUAGAUGAUUCUGAUUCAUGUUUGCUAGUGUAACUGUUUUACUAAGCCUGGUUAAGUUUGUUUGUAUAGCUGUUAGAUGAUUCUGAUUCAUGUUUGUUAAUGCAACUGUUUUACUAAGCCUGGUUAAGUUUGUUUGUAUAGCUGUUAGAUGAUUCUGAUUCAUGUUUGUUAAUGCAACUGUUUUACUAAGCCUGGUUAAGUUUGUUUGUAUAACUAUUAGAUGAUUCUGAUUCAUGUUUGCUAGUGUAACUGUUUUACUAAGCCUGGUUAAGUUUGUUUGUAUAGCUGUUAGAUAAUUCUGGUUCAUGUUAACUAGCGCAACUGUUGGAUCACUACAGCUCACAUUUGAUUAUGCAGCUGGUCGUUAGUAGUUUACAAAUAAAAAAAAAGAGGCCAACAUUUAUGUGUGACUAUUCUAUAACUGCCUGAUCACCUUACUUAAAACAUCUUGUAACAAUGGUGGCACUGUCUGUUAAAAAUCACCUCCCAAUGGGUUUGUUCUUUUCCCUUAGCAUUAAGUUUCU